UAUCUUCCCGGCACAUCUGCUUGCUCUCCGGGAAAGGAUGGCUUGCCCGGCGCCCCGGUGUGCUUGAGCCUUCCCCCGAGCCGACCGCCCUGCCCCAGCCGCUGGAAAGAAACAAUGGUCUGGAGUCCACCGCCAGUGCAUGGCUAAUGUGCUAGCCUCCCUGCCAGGCGUGAAACGGCUAUUUUUAGAAAGCCCUGCAAUUUAUUUUUCUUCUUUACCCUCCCUUUGCAACGCUCGGAGAGGAAGAGCCGUGCAAGCAAAGAAAGCCGAGGCACCGCUGCAACCUCCCCUGGCGGAGCUACCCGGGUGGCCAGGCCAGCAGGCGCUUCCCAGUGCCCAGCGCCCAGAGUUGGCUGCUGCUGACAUGCACUGCCUGACUGAGGAAGUUUUCUGUUAGUUACCCAAAGAAGAGCCUGUUUGGAGAUACACAGAAAGGGUCUGCCAACCUUCUAGAAUCAUUAUCAAGGUGGAGACCAAGCCGCUGGGCGAGCUGUGCAGCCUCUGUUUAUCAAUGGCGGAGAGAAUCUUGCAGCAGGGCUGCUGCUGGUAUGGUAGCGCCUGACCUGAAGACUCCCACCAGCAACACUGGGUGAGAAUUCUGUCGUUGCCGAGAGCUCGAUAACUCAGUUGGAAGUAUGGAUUUUGUGAUGAAGCAGGCCCUAGGGGGGGCCACUAAAGACAUGGGUAAAAUGCUGGGGGGUGAAGAAGAGAAAGACCCUGAUGCCCAGAAGAAGGAAGAAGAGCGACAAGAAGCUCUGCGCCAGCAAGAAGAAGAACGCAAAGCAAAGCAUGCCCGCAUGGAGGCUGAACGGGAAAAGGUUCGGCAGCAAAUCCGUGAUAAGUAUGGCCUGAAGAAGAAAGAGGAGAAAGAAGCAGAGGAGAAGGCAGCCCUGGAACAGCCGUGCGAGGGGAGUCUGACACGCCCCAAGAAAGCUAUCCCAGCAGGCUGUGGAGACGAUGAAGAUGAGGAUGAAGAGAGCAUCCUCGAUACGGUGCUCAAGUACCUGCCAGGUCCACUGCAGGAUAUGUUCAAGAAGUAACAGCCACACCAGCCCCCUACCCCACCCACAGUUCCCUGGUAUUGCCGACUCAGCACUUGGGGUGGGGUUAAAGAUGGGGAGGGGACGUUCAUUUUUUUUUAUUCAUUUGAUUUUGUUUUGUUCCAAGGGGAGACUCCACAUGUGUCCUUGUGCCAUGGGACCCCUGCCAAGUCACCCUCAUUUGUCCCCAGGAGAGGCACAUCAGGCAUGGGAUACUCUCCCCUUCUUCCCCUGCCCCCUUCUUGCUCUACCCAUCAGACCAAAAAAAAACUCACUCUCACCUGCUGUGCUCCCUGGAGCCACAGGCUGGGCACUGCCGGGAGCCUGGCUCCCCCUCCUUUCCCCCACCCCUCAACUGUGGAAAGCUGGAGUUCUGUUGUGCCAAAGUGCCACCUGGCUACAUGGUAAAAAAAAAUAAAAAUCUGGGCACAGACAGGGACCAAAUUCACUAAUGCAACCUCUUGGGGUAUUGGAGUGGGAGGGCAGCCUGGGCUCUGCACAAUGCCACGCUCCCUCGCACAUUCCACAGCCACAAGUUAACUGCCAGAGAGGGAUUGUGUGCCCCACGCCCCUCCAUGCUCCUGUUCCUGCCUAGCUCCUUGGGGCAAGACCAGCCCCACCACAUUCCGUCUCUGACCAAGGGAGCGACCAAUUGGAGCAAUCCUUUCCCCCCAAUCCUAACUUCCAAGGGCUGUUGGCAUUUGGGAUUGUCUGUCUCAAGCUUGGAAAAGGGAACUCCUUACCAGGAGACUCACACCUCAGAUGCUGAUGUGGUUACAUAUGUGCACAUGGGAGAGUACAGAAGCUCUGCUCCCUGUAACCAUUUCCAGUCCACACACAUGUUCACAGAAGCACAUGUAAACUUCCAUGGCCACACUAGUGCUGGUGAGGGGCCCAAAGACCAAGUUCACUUCUUUGGCCUGGUCUAGUGAUCCAUGCAGGUGAAACCUUGGGUUCCAGGUGGCUUGGUCCAUUGAGGAUGCAGGGAAGGAGAGAAUUCUCUCAUCAUGACUGUCUCAGCCACCUUGCUUUAGUCCAAUUCAUUUUUUUUUUACUUUCCAGCUGCCCUGGUGUUUGAUCCCUAAGUGUUCUGUGGCAGCUGCAGGCAAAGAUAACAGAGUCGCAAAGACACAGGAAGUGCUCAGAGUCCUCAGUUACUCCUUUGAAUGAGGUGAUUAUUCUGGAGUCAUCUGUGCCCAGAUCCAGUGAGUGGCGGAAGGAAAGACAUCCCUCCAUGUGCCAGGCUGGGAGAAGAUAUAGCUGUAUUAAUGCUAAUGGAAAUCUAGAAGAUUGCCUUACAUGAAGGUAGUGAGAAAAGAGGUCUGGGGACUCUGAGACAGAUCGACGAUACUAUGAGAACAAACAGUGCCUGCUGGCUCAGUCCCACUGAUCCUGGCCAAACCAAGGGCUCCACAUCUCACCCAGUAGUCCUGUCUCUGUGGCAUCUAGACCAGGGGUAGGGAACCUUUAACACUCAAAGAGCCAUUUGGACCCGUUUUCCAUGGGAAAAGAAAACACUUGGAGCUGCAAAUAAUUUUUGACAUUUAAAAUAAAGAUAACACUGUAUAU